AUGCGUGGUGCCGAGACUGGUAACGCCCAUGGGUCGGACCAUGUCCUCGUCCGUACACGCUUGAAAGUUCAUCUCUCAUCCGCACCAAAAAUGCCACGUCCUAGACGCCUCAAUGUCGCAAAAAUCCGGCAAGCCAGCACUGCCGAGGCCCUAAGCAGAGAAAUCCGGACCUGUUUUACAGCCCGAGCCGACGGAGAAGUCAGUAAACAGUGGUCGUCACUGAAGACAUCAGUCUAUGGGGCAGCUGAGAAAAUCCUUCGAUACACCCAGCGAUGCCGCCGUAACUGGAUCAGCGGAAGAACCCUGCUGUUGUCUGCUCAGACGGCUAGAGCCAGGUCCCGCAACGAUGACUACUUCCGCCAACUUCGGAAGAUGACGGCAAAAUCGGCCACGGAUGACCGGAAACAAUAUUGGGCCGAAAUAGCGACAUCCAUGGAACAGGCCUCGAACGUUGGUGACACUCGAAAGCUCUACCGUCUGAUCCGCCGAGUUAGCGGUAAGCCCUCUACACCGAGUGACUGUUCGCGAUGUGAACGGCGGCUUUAUAGCUGACAAAUCGGCCAAAGUCGAGCGCUGGCGUGAGCACUUUGAGCACCAUCUCAACUUCGAUACUCAACCUGCAUCGCCCUUGUUCUCCUCCGCAGCGGAGUUUCUUCCCUCUCCUACCUAUGCAGUGCCAUGCGAUCCCCCCUCCGUGGAAGAAGUCGCCGAUGCCAUACGAAAGUUGCGCAACAAUAAGGCACCCGGAGAGGACGGUAUACCCGCUGAAAUCUUUAAGUCUUGUGUCGACACUCUGGCGCCCUGGCUCCAUGAGGUGAUUGAACGAGCGUGGAGAGACGAGGUUGUUCCUGAUGACUGGGGCUUAGGCAUUCUUGUACCUAUUCUCAAGAAGGGAGAUAAGACGAUAUGCAAGAACUACCGCGGCAUAAGUCUCAUUGACGUUGCAGCGAAGAUCAUCGCUAUUGUCCUACUCAGGCGAUUCCAGGCUGUGCAUGACUCAAGGACGAGGCCCAACCAAGCCCGAUUUCGUGCUGGAUGUGGAUGCGCAGAUCAGAUAUUCACACUGAGGCGCAUUCUCGAAUUCCGCCAUAGCUACCAACAACCGAUGGCCGUCUGCUUCGUUGACUUUGCCGCCGCGUUCGAUUCCGUUCACCGUGAGUCUCUGUGGCGGAUAAAGGCGCUAGAUGGUGUACCGGCAAAAAUCAUCGCCAUGAUCAAGGCCUACUAUCGUUCCACUACUGCGAGAGUCGUGGUCCGUAACAAUCUUUCCCAACCGUUCGGUAUUCGGUCUGGCGUCCGACAGGGUUGUAUCCUGUCACCCAUACUGUUCAACUACGCUAUUGACUGGAUCCUCGGGAGGGCCCUACGCGACAGUGAAGGCGUUGAAUUUGCACCCGGACAUCGACUGACUGAUCUCGACUAUGCCGAUGAUAUCGCCUUACUACCUUCAAGUUUUGGUGAUCGGCAGUCUAUGGUGUCACGGGUGAACGAGGUCGCUAAGUCAGUCGGUUUGUCCAUAAACGCUGGGAAGACCAACGUAUUCUACAGCUGCAUCCCUGCAUGCCUGUGGAACCGACGUGACCUCUCCAUCGCCACUAAGAUUCGCGUGUACCGUGCAUCUGUCCGGUCUGUCCUUCUCUACGGUUGUGAAUGCUGA